AUGUACUCGGAUUAUUUGUUAAUCAUAUUUAUCGCAACAUGCACUGCAAUAAUCGGUGAAGCAUUAACAUAUGUACUCGUAUAUCGUAGCGAACAGUACAAACGUUUGAAGAAUGAAAUGGAACGAAAAACGAAAAAACUCGAACGAAAGAAAGAGACAACCGCUGAAGCAGAUCGUACAGCAAAGCGAAAAAUUGAUAGGGAAGAAGAGAGGUUAAAAGCAACAAAUCGAGAUAUGAGUAUGUUCAAGAUGAAAAGUAUGCUUGCAAUUGGUUUCGCUUUUACUGCACUUCUAUCUACAUUUUCCUCAAUAUUCGAAGGACGAGUGGUCGCAAAAUUGCCUUUCACUCCAAUAUCAUGGAUUCAAGGUUUUUCACAUAGAAAUCUCAUUGGAGAUGAUUAUACGGAUUGUUCAUUCAUUUUUCUAUACAUACUUUGUACUAUGACAUUAAGACAAAAUUUACAAAAGAUGCUUGGAUUUGCACCAUCUCGAGCUAUGAAUCGACAAUCACAACCGAAUUUCUUUGGUGCUGCACCAUCGUCAGCGAAUAAUUUUAGCUACCUUCGUUAA